AUGAAUGUGACAAAUGGCGCAGAAUAAGUUAAUGGGAAUCCAAUCGACCGACGAACUCUAAUGACAACAUCAUUAUCAUCACCAUCACCAUCACCAUCACCAUCACCAUCACCAUCACCAUCACCAUCACCAUCACCAUCAUCAUUAUCAUCAUCAGUAGCAACAGCAACAGCAAUGAUAGUGUCAACCUAUCAUAAAUGA